AAUCUUACAACAUAUUAGAUUGCAGAGAUUUUUCUGUUAGUGAUGCAACAUACUGCAAAUACUCUUCUUUGAUAUUGCAGCCACACCUUGAAGGGGUCAGUACAACAAUCCACAUUAAAUCGAGUACAUGAAUGAAUCAUGUAUGUAAUCAUGUAGAUGUGUUUGCACUGAGGAUUGCUGUUAAAUAAGACUUAGUAUUAACCAAAUUAAAUGAAUAUCCUGAAUUCUCCAUCAAGACAUGUCCUUAUAUUAAAAAUGAUUAAUAACAAACAAAAUAAUCUUGGUGGAAAUGAAUUCCCUCUACUUCUCAUGAAUUCAUGAAAGUUUAUAUAAUUUACAAAAGUAUUCAAAGUGAGUCUUCAGUGAAAAUAAGUGUGGGGACCGAUGUCAAACACUGGACUUCAUCUUCCAGUCUACAGGGACGAUUUCUGUCAGAUUUCAGACAGCUGUAACAUUUUAGCGCUUAACUGCACCCGAGCGCGCGGAGUCAUAACACUUCAUGUAGCUUUUUAUUAGCUAGUUUAAUAUGAAAUCCUAGAAUUUAACAAAUUAUCAUAGACUAUUCCAUUACUAUGAAUUAUUAGUACGUGUUUAGGGGGGCAUUUAAAUAUUUAUUAACUUCUGAUGUGCAGUAUACAACCACAUACAAAAGCACACAGAGGGACUUCUCUACAUGACAUCUUCCUGACAGGUGGCAUGUUGAAAGCAGGCUGAAGCACAGGAACCCCGAAAGAGCAGACAGGGCUUAGUCAUUUGUUGUGGACAAUUUUGCACAGACAUUUUUGGCAUUACACAUCGGCGCCGUAGAAGACGGCAACAUAGGAUGAACAGUGAGUCUCUGUUUUCCCAUCAUAAAGACUAGGAGGGAGUACACGUUGUGUUUUGGGGCAUCCUCUCCUGCUUGAGGUAACAAGGGUUUAGUUUGUCAAACCAUGAUUUUAGCGAUAGUAAAAUAAUGACCCCUAGUGGCACAAAAAGGGGACAGUCCGCCCCCGGAACGUUGGGCUCCGAGCACAUGCAGGCGUCGGAGCUAUUAGGCAGCAGGACCGGGGUUAGCCGACGGCCUACAGAAGCUAACCAAAGCCAACACAACCCACCGAAAGUCCAAAUAACCUCCUCCGUCUCCCCGCUCGCUUCUGUUUUGUCAGUCCGCAUGUUGUCUCGCAAACAGAAGCGCGCGUGGAGAUACGUGGAGGAGGGCGGCCUGCUGAAGCUCAAGUCGUAUCUGCGGAAGCACCGGGACCUGGACGUGAACUUCUCCCAGGGCAAGAGGGAGAGGAGCCCGCUGCACCUGGCCUGCAGCUCGGGAGACGACGCCGUGCUCCGGCUGCUGCUGCAACACGGGGCCGAUGUCCUCCGGAAGGACCGCAAAGGAGACACGGCGCUCCACACCGCGGUCAACCGGGCCCUGAAACACGGGAAGUCCGCGUACGAUGACCUGGUUGUUCCGCUGAAGAAGAGCUGUCCUGCAGCUUUGAAUGAGCCAAACAACGCCGGAGUCACACCUCAGGAUCUACUAAACUGGAGUCAGCAUAAAAAGACUGCCGAAAACAUGAGCCGCCCUUCUGAAAGAGACCCUGAGAAGGAGUGGAUGGAAAAGCUGUUCGGCGAAUGCGAGGAUGAAUUCUGUGAUACCUUUGGAGUAUAUGAUGCUGACGAUUUUCUCCCUGUAGAUGAUGACGAGGAAGACUUCGGGGACUGGGCCGACCGCAUCAGAAAAGAAUAUUUUGAUCAAAAGCACGCCGAGGCUCAGAGGCUGGCGGCGGCGUCUUCGGGGUGGAAAAGAAAGAAGAGCAACCAACAGAGGGAGCAGGAAGCACAAAGCCAGAAGGAGCUGAACGAGAAGCUGCAGAGGGAGCACGAGGAGUAUCUGGCACGAGCGGCGCGCAAAGAGGAAGAGGUCCGGCAGGGCAAGAAGCGCAGUUACGACGAAAGGUGCGCCGCCACCUUCAGCGGGGGCGGCGGCGGCUCGUCGACCGGUGGCGCGAUGCUGAGCUACGGCGACAUCCCGUGGCCCGCUCCUCGAGGCACAGUGCACGAGAUGCUGGACGUGAUGCUGCACGGCGUGGACAGGAAGGACGUGCCGGUGUUUCGCAAGAUGCUCCGGAAGCAGCAAGCGCUGUGGCACCCCGACAAGUUCGCCCAGCGAUGUGAAGCUCGGUUGGAGGAGAAGGACAGGCAGCGGAUCCUGGACACGGUCACCGCUCUGUCGCAGGAGCUCAACAGGCUGGCUCACAGUCUGAGGACUUAAAAUCAAAGCAAAACAGUAUCACGCGCUGCCGUGUGCUUUUUUAGGAAACGCCGUAAUAAAACUGAACUUUACACAAAACUGGAUCAAUAAAAGGUCCUCGUUUUGCUCCUCAUUCUUUCCUCAGGUGAAAUCUCUUCAGACACACGUCACCAGGAAGUGGCUCAGGGAUAAAAAAAAAAGUA